AUGACAGCGGCAGAUUGCAAAGCUUUGCAAAUUUUAAAAGUAAAAACGCCCAAUACAGGCAGUAUUGAGGCGCAAAUUAAUCAAAAGCGCCUAAUACGAAGUAUUAUGGCAGUUCAGAAGAGGUUGAGUCGCCAAGACUCAACAUGGAUUUUGAUUUGCGG